UUACUUCCUACCGGUACCCAUUUACCUCACCUGGGUUGAGGUAAAUGAAUGGUUCAAAUGGAUUUGAAAUUUACAAAAUGGCGUCUGGCUGGUCAACCAUGUAUAACUGAAUGCCAGAUGCACAAUAAUAAGUGUCCUGGACAACAUUCCUAUAAAAAUCGGAAAAAUUUGGAUGAUGAGUGACGGGGCAAGGGCAGAAUCCAAAAAGGAAAUGGAAUUUGGGGGAAGAAAGAGAAGAUUGCCGAAGAGGAAUAAUGAACAUUGAGCAUAGACCCCCAUUUGACGUCAAUAAUCAUAAUUUACUUUUAUAUAGCGCUUUAUCAAUCUACGACUGCUCAGAGCGCUUUACAAUUAUUAUUACCCGGUCACUGGAUUCAUGGCUUUUUAGCAGGUUAGGUUGUUAGGCGCACAUUUGCUAAACCAACCACAAUGACGUUGUUUCCUACCUGUACCAAAUGGGUCCAAGGUUACUCGUCACCCAGAAAAGAGAAAUAUUUCUUUUGUUUGGAGUAUUAUGAGGCUUGACAUAAACAGUCUUGGUAGGCAUUCGACAGUCAGGCUGAAUAUCUUAUUCUUGUUCUUGAAUGGGUAUAUGAAGGACUUGCUGUCGGAAUCUUGGAAAGCAUUGGUGUCCCAAGUCAACUAAAGAUGGGUUCGGAUUUGUCCACUGAGGCAGAGCCUUCGAAUGAAACAGUCAGACGAAAAAGAGAUUCAGGCCAAAGGACUUCACAUCGGGUUCUUGUUGAGAAGAAUAGUUUAAGAUUCAAGAGGAGACUCACUCUUUUAGAGAAGAAAUACGAGCUCGAUGCAUCAACUACAACCAAUCAGCCCACAAAGUCCACCAACAGCUUUCACCCUGGCGCAUUAACGAGUAUUUCUGAAGAGGACGAUGUCUAUUUCCCUUAUGAAAACCUCGUACUGGAAGGCGGCGGAAGUCAGGGAAAUGCUUACCUUGGAGCCAUUAUGGAAAUGGAGCGACUCAACAUCCUGGGGAAGUUACGACGUUUCGCUGGUUCCAGCGUGGGGUCCAUGACAGCAUGUCUGCUUGCCAUAGGACAUGGGUCUAGCAAAUUUCUCUCCAUUGUGAACGAUGGCCCCCAAUUUUCAGAUCUGUUAGACGCAAGCUGUGGAAAACUAAGCCUGGUGCCAAAUCUGUAUCGUUACAUGGGCUGGCAUCCGGGGAGGUAUUUCUACACGACGCUCGGUAAGGACAUUGCUGAAAAGCUAGGAGACGAGAAUGCUACAUUCAAGGACCUUUACGAUCAGACUGGAAAGGAAUUAUGUGUAGUGGUGACCAAUCUAAGUACAAUGAUGGAGGAGUACUGCCACGUCAAGACUACUCCGAACAUGCCAAUUAGAACAGCAGUCAGGAUGUCCAUAUCUGCUCCAUUUGUAUUUGUUCCUGUCAAGCGGCAACAUAUGGGCCGGACCGAUCUCUACAUCGACGGUGGUGUUUUGUGUAACUAUCCAGUUCAUUGUUUCGAUGGAUGGUGGCUUUCUAUGAAACCCGAAGACUCUCUCCUGAAGAGAAUGCAACCCCUGGAGGAUGCAGCCAAGCUUCUCACCAAGAAAGAGAGAUUUGGGAUGUUCAACGACAAAACAUUCGGCAUGAUCAUAUACAGUGAUUAUGAUUCCCACGUACUUGCAACCAAUCCCGAACUAGAAGCACCCAUAGCACCUAUACCAGACACAAAACUUGCCAGAGCACACCAAAAAGUGAAAAUGAAGAGAGAAUUGAAUUUUAAAGAGCAUCGUCUCGUGACAGACGCAAUGACGAGAUUCCUCAAAGUUCUGGAUCAGAACUGUUUAGAAGGUACCACAAUUAAAAAGAACGAAUUCAUGCAAGCCUUCAACGAUAAUGAAGAGUUCACAUCUGACCACGCCCAAAUUCUCUUCGGUGAAGACCUUACUAUCGAGGAAAUAUUUGCCAGUAUUGAUGCCAAUUCUGAUGGGGAGAUUGACUUCAACGAGCUGAUGUCUUUAGCUGAGCAGGAAGGCGUAGGAAUCCAAACCCAUCACAUUGGAACAGGACAUCUUGAGAUCAAGAACACGACUGAGUAUCUCGUUGGUAUCUUCAAUAUGCUUCUCAUGAAUGUAAAGAGAGCUUUCUUAGAGGGCCAUGAUAUAGAGAGAACAGUCCUAAUCAAUACUGUGUAUGUCAAAUCCUUAGACUUUAGCCCAGAGAAGGAAGACCUGGAUUUCUUAGUAGAGCAAGGACGUCGUGGACUGCAUACAUUCCUCAAGUAUCAGAAGAACAAAGCUGAGAGGAAAAACAUUACCAAGGGAUCAGCAAAUCUGAACAGUCAAAAAGGAAGAGGAAAAGAAGGAUGAGAAUAAGAAUACGAAAGGAGAGGAGAAGGAAAAAAAAUUGUGCCAAAAUGUUUGUUAACGAAUUAUAGCUGAUAUUUCUUCUUAUUGAGGAGUCUUGACUUUCGUACACUUUACAGAAGUAUACAACGUUUCUCCAAUCCAUCCAAUCACGUAAAAACACUCUCUGACUUCCACGUUGGAACAAGUCUUUUUUAAUGUGUGGUGUGCAAUUAAAUACUUUGAAAAUAAUUUUAUUGAUUUGACGUUUACUUUGAAUAAAGCAGAAAAUGACAUGGGUUUUUAUUGUUUGUCAUAGAUUUAUUUAUUAUUUUCAUUAGAUUUUUUUCCAAAACACAAAUAGGAAGCGUAAUUACUGAUUCGAGGCACUGGAAAUAUUAGAUAUAUAGGAUGAACAUUAUAUGGCCUCACAAGAUUUUUUUUUACUUUUAUUUCUCUAAUUCCACAUUUAUACUUGAUAUCUAGUUUACCUUAUUUAUAUCACGGUAUUUAUCGUGGUAAGUUAUACUUUCUGUAUUAAUCUUUUUGCAAAAUCCUAAAUCAGAUCUGAAAUAUCAAUAGGAUGUCUACUUAAGUGCAUACCAAUAUUUGCACAUCCUAAGUAGGCAUUUUUGAAUGACCGUCUAAUGUAUAUUGUAGGUUUUGUAAAUAACUUCUCUUAUGAAUGAAUGAAUUUAUUUAUUAUCCAAUUCAAUGAUAAUACCAUUUUACAAGUUUACAGACAAUCAGUUAUGAAUACAUAGAAAAGCAAGGAUAAUAGGAGCCAGAAAAUAGCAUGAAUGCUAGUCAAGUCUGGCCCAUUAUAGUCUAGAUAAAUAGAAACAUGUUUUUUUAGAAUGAACAAUCGUGACUCUGCUAAAUGUACUCUGUAAUAUAUAUAAACAAUGACUACAUAAUAAUUUAACAAAAGUUAACAGUAUUUACAUAUGAAAGAUAUCUAGAUGAUAACAAAAUUACCAUAUAGAUGGUAUCAAAAUUUGGUUUUCAAACAGAUGUUCAACAACAGAUUUACGAAAACUGAUCUUGAUGGUUUCUUUCUGAUUUUGAUUGGUAGAUCAUUCCAAGAAGUUGUGCCUACAUAAGAUAAACACUCCUUUCCCAAGCUUGUCCUAACCUUUGGUACGUACAGAUCCUCAUCUUAUUUUUGCUUUGUAUUAUAUAUAUGUUGAAUUAGUGAACAAUAUUGUAGCAGUGAAUGUGGCAAAUUUGUAUUAAUUAGAUCAUACAUAAAACUACAGAUAUAUAAUCUAUACAGUUGGUAAAUGUCAAGAACCCUAAAUCUUAAGAACCCUAAAUAAUGGUGCUGAUCUUGUCAUGUACGUCCUGAAUGUUAUCGCACGCACUGCCAUUUUUUAAAUUAAUGAUAUAGAAUCUAGAUCAUUUUUUCUAGCUCCAUUUCAACAAAUGCUUGCAUUAUUUAUUUGUGUGAGACAUUUCAUAUUUCCUUGUCAUUGGCAUAUUCUUUAUGCAUCAACUGAUAUUUUGAUACUUUUCAAUUUGUAUAUUUCGACAAAAUAUUAUGCAUUUAAAACAUUUAGAUGCAUUUCAUUAUAUAAUGACUGUAUUAACACUUUUGUCAAUCUCUUUUAAUUUACAACAAGCUGUUCUUUGUACAUCACUUUAUAAUGCUGCAGUUAAGAUGUCAACGUGGAAAACUAUCAGGACGUUCUUAUUACUAUCCAUUCCCAUAUGGCGAUGGUAUCUCCAAGCAUGGCACUGAGAACGAUUUAUUUAUUCAUAUUAUUUUUAUUUUAUUUUCAGCUUUAUUUAAUCAGGGCGGCCUCAUCAGUUACACAAACUGCUGUCUUUGGGGGCUCUGAAAUAAAAAAAAAUCAAUAUGUACAACAUUUACAAAAAAAAUACAUUAAUCAAAAUUGCAUAUAAAGAUAUUACAGUGAAACAGAUUCAUAUGAUAAACAUUAAAUACAAUCAUAUAAAAGAUCAAAUUUGAAUCGGAAGAAAAGGUUACUUUAGAUUGAAGACAAGGGGACAAAUUAAGGCAUUUGGAAACCGCUAAAUAUGAUUUAACAAGAAAGGAAGUAUGACUGGUAACAGUAUUGUUUGAUUUAGAAAUAAUUUCAGUAACCGUUGAAUAAUGAAUAAUAAACAGAAUUUGAGUAAUGUUGCUAAAUGUGAUGAUAUGUGAUUUGACAGGCAAAAAAGGUGUGUGUUUUUGAGGUCAGAACCCCGUUUCCCAGUGCCAUGGUAUUCUCAUCGUAAGUUGUAUUUUUUUUUAUUUGUUAUUUUAUCAGGGAUUUAAAAAGAAAUUGAAUGAAUGAAAUGAUUUUAUAAUUAAUGUUAAUACCCAAGUCUUUUCCAUGUUCUUAUCUCUUCUGAUCUAUACACAAUGGUCAUUCUACAUCUUAGAUAUUUCUCAUCCUGUAUUUAUUACUAAUUGAAUUAAUUGCAUUUUUUUAUAUUCCUUUUCGGCAAAGGAAUUCAGACUUUAAAAUCGUUUAUCACUUACCUGCACGGAGUGCAGAGGUUAUUGUCUGAUGAAUAUUUGUUGUGGCACAAUCGUUUUUCUCUCUUGCAUCGUUAUAUCUUCAUGGUCACACUAUAGUGUCAAUGGUCCACAGCGUUCCCGCUUUCCCGUCCAUGAUGACGUUUCCUGUUUGUUGGAUUUCUUUUUCGUCAUCAAUGAUCUCAUUUGUCCUUUGAUUUCAAAAUGAAUAAUUGUACUAAGCAAAACUUUCUAAUAAAUUAUUCAAGUGG